AUGGAAAAUGUUCAUUCAUACACAUCAAUUGAUAUUCAUCCAGGAGCAAGUAUCAAAGGACAUUUCUUUAUAGACCAUGGAGUUGGAGUUGUAAUUGGAGAAACUGCCAUUCUUGGAGAGUGGUGUAGAAUUUAUCAAUCAGUUACUUUAGGAGCAAUGCAUUUCCAAGAAGAAGGUGGAGUGAUUAACCGAGGAACAAAACGACAUCCAACAGUUGGAGAUUAUGUGACUAUAGGAACAGGAGCAAAGGUAUUAGGAAAUAUUAUUGUUGGAAGUCAUGUUCGUAUUGGGGCUAAUUGUUGGAUUGAUAGAAAUAUUGAUAGUAAUCAAACUGUAUAUAUUUCAGAACACCCAACUCAUUUUGUAAAGCCAUGUGCAAAUAAAGGGGUGAAGAGUGAUUGUGAGAUUAUAGCAAUGAUUCCAUCAUCUCCUUCAGCAAAUUCACCAUCGAUUUAA